UAUAUCAAAUACAGUCAAAAUCCAACUCUUUAUAAGCCAUAUGAAAGAGCAAUCUAUAAACCGGAUGUCGAUAUCCAUGGGUUUCAUAAGUAUGCCAUUGAAUGGAGUGAAACAAAAAUUGAAUGGUUUUUUGAUGACAAAACUCAUAAUGUUAUUGAUAUCAAUAAACGGUUGUCCAGUAAUUAUAAUAAAAAACAUCAACCUUUUGAUGUGCCGUAUAAUCUUUAUAUUGAGUUAACAGUCGGCGGAACGGUAUUUGGCGAUCAAUCGCUGACAUUAAAUGAUUACAAUUUGUGGAAUUGUUCCGCACUUCUCAUUGAUUACGUAAAGAUUUAUGAAUGGGUCGACAAUUUUGUCGAUAAUAAUGUCGAUAAUGACAAACACAAACAGAUUUCAAGUCAUCUCAUAUGUAAUGAUAUUAUGUCUACUAUAGGGGGACAACACAAUCCAACUGAUCCAUUGUCUACUUUUACUUUAUCGAUGACAAAUAUAGUUAUUGUUAGCAUAAUUACAUUGAUUUUGCUUAUUAUAUUAGUAAUGAUUGUUGUUUAUCUGAGUUUACGACAAAAGCGUUUAACGAAAAUCAAUAGAGAUAUAGUAAAAGAAACCUACGAUGACAUUGAAGUCUAUGAUAAAGAUUACAAUAUAUACGAAUCCUAUAGAUAUGUAACUAAUAAUAAUAUAAUUUACGAUCAAUACAAUGAAAUCAUUGACGAUAACAAUAACAACGAUUAUCAAAACAAAAUACCAGAAUAUAGUCAUUCGUAUAUUGAGAUUACAAAUCAAUAUAAAGUAUGA